AUGUCGUCUAUUAAUAAUAUCCACAAACGUUUUGCAUUAAUAUUAAUUGAUCCUCAAAAUGGUUUUAUUAAUGAUGGUUAUUGGUCUCGUAUGUUUCCUAUUGGUCAAUCAACUCCUAUUCUUGAAGCAUUUCAUCGCAUUGUUUUAUUUCUUCGUUCAAUACCAAAUCCUGAUUCAAUUCCAAUAUUAAUUAGUGGAACUGGUUUUUCCUAUCGUGAUCGAGAAAUUUUCGAACCAAUAAUUAAUGAAAUUUCUCAACGUAGAUUUUCUUCAAUAACUCACAUUUAUAAACCUCAUACAAAUCUUUCAAUAUGUCCAGGUGUUCAUCAAUGGUUACAGAAACAAUUAGAAUCUAAAUUAGAUAUUGUUAUUGGUGGAUGUACAAUAACAUCAUGUAUACGUGAUUCAUCAAUACAAAUACAAAAGAUGUUUCCACAAUUAAAUUUAUUUGUUGAUGAAAAUUUAUGUGCAGCUAGAAAAGAUAAUUAUAUACCAAGAUGUAAAAAAUGUUUAGAAAGAUAUAUGAUUUAUGGUUCACUACCUAUUCAAGAUUGUACAAUUUGUCUUAAUAAAGAUUUAGCAAAACAAACGAUAUCACCUGUUCAAUUAGCUUUUCAACAAAUGAAAGAUGCUGGUGUUAAUGUUAUUGAUAAUUAUUCUCUAACAACGAAUUCAUAA